AGGGCGAGAUAGGAACGGGGUGCCGGGGCCAAUGAGAGCUCCCCGCGGGAAUGUCCCGGUGUGGACGCCCUCGGAGGCCCCUUCUAACUCCAGGGCGGCUAGGGUGGCCGGGCCCAGGUCACGGGCUGCGCCGGCCCUGGCGAGGCCACUGGGGGCUGUCGGGCGUCCACGCUCACGGUCUGGGCCAGAGGACCCCGUACCGGCCAGGCCGUGGCGGCCACGGGGGCCUGGAAGCACCGCUGCCAGCUGGCCCUGCACGGAACUGUGUCCCGACGCGGCGCGCGCUGUCGCGAUCCGGCGGCGGGUGACGUGGCGGGGCGGGGCCUGAGCGGCCGCGGCGACGGCGGCGCGACCGAGCAUCCUGGCGGCGCCGGGCCACUGGGAGAGUUUAUGUGGCCAAGGCAGACAAGUGAAAUUAGGCCUUGCUGCGAGGACUUCAUUUCCUUCUCAGUACUGGACCCAUUUAUGAGGAGGUGGCUUAUGAAAGUGUGAUGUUCACGUAUUUCUUGACAGAGGGUCUGCAGAUCUACUCUGGGGACAGGAUAGACAACGCGUCUCACACAGGCCACAGUAAACACAGGUGUGCAGGAACUGUCAUGGAAGCCAGGGAGCCUGGGAGGCCCACACCCACCUACCAUCUUGUCCCUAACACCAGCCAGUCCCAGGUGGAAGAAGAUGUCAGCUCGCCACCUCAAAGGUCCUCCGAAAGUAUGCAGCUGAAAAAGGAGAUCUCCCUGCUGAAUGGGGUCAGCCUGGUGGUGGGCAACAUGAUCGGCUCAGGGAUCUUCGUCUCGCCCAAGGGUGUGCUGGUACACACUGCCUCCUAUGGGAUGUCGCUGAUUGUGUGGGCCAUUGGUGGGCUCUUCUCUGUUGUGGGUGCCCUUUGUUAUGCAGAGCUGGGGACCACUAUCACCAAGUCGGGAGCCAGCUACGCUUAUAUUCUAGAGGCCUUUGGGGGCUUCAUUGCCUUCAUCCGCCUGUGGGUCUCACUGCUAGUUGUUGAGCCCACCAGUCAGGCCAUCAUCGCCAUCACCUUCGCCAACUACAUCAUCCAGCCGUCCUUCCCCAGCUGUGAUCCCCCAUACCUGGCCUGCCGUCUCCUCGCUGCUGCUUGCAUAUGCCUGCUGACAUUUGUGAACUGUGCCUAUGUCAAGUGGGGCACACGUGUGCAGGACACGUUCACUUACGCCAAGGUCAUAGCGCUCAUUGCCAUCAUUGUCAUGGGCCUUGUUAAACUGUGCCAGGGACACUCUGAGCACUUUCAGGACGCCUUUGAGGGUUCCUCCUGGGACAUGGGAAACCUUUCUCUUGCCCUCUACUCUGCCCUCUUCUCUUACUCAGGUUGGGACACCCUUAAUUUUGUAACAGAAGAAAUCAAAAACCCAGAAAGAAAUUUGCCCUUGGCCAUUGGGAUUUCUAUGCCAAUUGUGACGCUCAUCUACAUCCUGACAAAUGUGGCCUAUUACACAGUGCUGAACAUUUCAGAUGUCCUUAGCAGUGAUGCCGUGGCUGUGACAUUUGCUGACCAGACGUUUGGCAUGUUCAGCUGGACCAUCCCCAUUGCUGUUGCCCUGUCCUGCUUUGGGGGCCUCAAUGCAUCCAUCUUUGCUUCAUCAAGGUUGUUCUUCGUGGGCUCCCGGGAGGGCCAUCUCCCGGACCUUCUGUCCAUGAUCCACAUUGAGCGUUUUACACCUAUCCCUGCUUUACUGUUCAAUUGCACCAUGACACUCAUAUACCUCAUCGUGGAGGAUGUUUUCCAGCUCAUCAACUACUUCAGCUUCAGCUACUGGUUCUUCGUGGGCCUGUCUGUUGUUGGACAGCUCUACCUCCGCUGGAAGGAGCCCGAAAGGCCCCGGCCUCUCAAGCUGAGCGUGUUUUUCCCCAUCGUGUUCUGCGUAUGCUCCGUGUUUCUGGUGAUAGUGCCCCUCUUCACUGACACCAUUAAUUCCCUCAUCGGCAUCGCGAUUGCCCUUUCUGGAGUUCCUUUCUACUUCAUGGGUGUUUACCUGCCGGAGUCGCAGAGGCCACUGUUUAUUCGGAAUGUCCUGGCUGCUAUCACCAGAGGCAUCCAGCACCUUUGCUUUUGUGUCCUGACUGAGCUUGAUGUAACCGAAGAGAAAAAGGAUGAGAUGAAAACUGACUAGAGGUCAGAGGUGGCUUUCCUAGGCCUGGAAGGCUGGCCACAGAGCGAAAUCCUGAUAAGACUCUGUGGGCCCAACUCUCCUGAAUUAAAGGAGCCUUUUGACCCACAUCAUAUAACGGGGCUCAGGGCCAGUGCUCACUCUUCUUGGCUUUGUUUACACUUGGAGCCGCCUUGGUGUAGGUCACCAGGACAGUGUACUCCUCUCCUGCCAGCCUCCCCUUCCCCGAGGUGUGGUGGCUGCAGUCUCAGGAAGAGCUUGGUACUUGUGGGGACUUCUGUUUUCUCCCUGUGGAGAUCAGUGAAGACUGGGAGGAAAGCUGCUUCAACCUGAGUUGGGCUCUUCAGCAGGCUGCACAAGUGGAAGCAACUAAUUCUGGUGCUCAGGCUGGGUUCUCACCCAAGUUAGGCCUGCUCUGGCCUAAUGGAUCUUACUGUAUGAGCAGCACGGCUGCACUGGAUUGUACAACUGUUUUGUGAUGCCCCCGGACACUGUCAUCCUGGGCCCAGAAAAACAUGCUAGCUUGACAUACCCCACGGGCUUCUUAUUCUUGGGUUUUGGAAUUGGUAAACAGUGAGGCAGUCUCCCUUUCUGACCAUUCUUCACCCACUCACAAAGGAAUAACCUUGGCCAUAUAUUUGCUCAAUAAAGAUUGAAGAAAGCAUGGUCACAGUUGCCUUGGGUUCAGGGCAUAAUGCAUAUGUGAAGCAUGGGGUGACAUUCUUACUGUCAUGGGUUUGGGAUUUGUACGGCAAAUUCCUGCCCAAAGACAGGGUGUCUUGUGCAAAGGCUGACUUGCCUGAACUCUAAGAACAUGACUUUUGUCUGAGCCAAGCUGGCACCCAUCCCAGGGCUCCUCUGGAGCUAAUCCUUUAAGCAAAAUGUGCUUGCCUUUAAAGACCUUUGAAAGAUCCCUGACCCCAGCUUUAGCUUUCUCCAACAGAUAACCAGCUAAUCUCAGGAAUUUACUGCCCCCCGCCCCCACCCCCAGUGGCGUCUAGGGAAAGCAAGGACCUCACAUGCCAGGUGCCCUAGUACUUGCUCAGUGAGCCGUGUCAUCCUCCUUUCAUUUUUGGAUGGUGACAGCAUUCUUCCCCUUUGUGCUGGAUACAGACUUCUCCCAGGAUCCCCUUUUUGGGAGCAAAGCCAGACAAUCCCUUCAGCACUCAAGCUUCAGGGUGGAAUUAAUUUCUGCCAGCUCUUUGUUGUCUGUCUCCUUAAAUCCUUCUCUUGGUGUGCUUAUCCCUUUUGCAGUGAGUACAGUUUAUUAAGUUAUCAGCCCUUUAAUAUUGGGGAAACUUAAUGAGUAUAAAUGGCAGGGAGCACACUAGUAACAGCACAGUGUUUUGUUUUUUCACCUGGUUGCUGUGAGUGCAAGAAUAGCUUUCAAUCCUUUGUUUCUAUGUCUACAGACAGAAAGCGAGAUGUCUAAUAUUAGACAUACCAGUUGCUGCCUGUUAUAACGUUGAAUUAUACCUUUGUGCGUACCUAGGAUGUUUGUUGUUUUAAUUAGCUGCAAUACAUAGGGCCUAUGUACACAGAAUUUAAUCACUUUGUCAGGUUGAAUAACUCCAUGUAGAUAAGAGCUAGUGUAGGUAAACGUUUAGAAAAUGGACAUAAAGUCAAAGUGAUGGCAGGUAGGAUGAAGGAGAGAUACUUAGGAAAUCCUAAAAGAGGCGGCAAGAAGGCAUCUCCCUGUGUAAAUCCCCUUCCCCCAUGACAGUGAGUCAGAGACACUCACAGGCUAUUAGGGCACAGCCCUAGCUGAAUGUUCUGCGUUGUCCGUAAUAGCUACUAGCCAUACGUAGCUAAUUAUAUUAAAAUGAAAUAAAACUAAAGCUCAGUUUCCCUUCAGUUGCGCUAAUCACAUUUCAAGUGCUCAGCACUACUACACAGCGCAGACACAGAACACAGCGUCACUGCAGAUAGUUCUACUGGACAAUGUUACACUAGAAUAAACACCAAGGCAGUGAGUUAAGGCAGCUAUGGUUGGAAAGGCAUAGGGACAGAGUGUGCUUACAAGAGAUACAAGCUGUGGUAAUAAAACUGAUCCUGCUGAUAGUAGUUUUUUUUGUGGUGAGUGCUGUGAAGAGUAAACGUUACACAGUGGAAAGCUAAGUUCAGAAUGUGCUUUGUUUUUCCUCCCUUGCUUUAAGUCCUUGGUAUUUAUAAUCAAUGCUGAAACUUUGGUCUCACUACCACUCCGUUUUAGAUAUUCAGAUUUAAAAGGCUUUAAAAGAAUUCCUUUCUUCCAUGUUCAAAGCUAGACUUUACUAAACACAUGUAUCACAUUCAUAUACAUUGUUUCUUGGCCCCACUGCCAAAGGAAGUCAGUCAGUCAUUUCACAACUAUUAGGAGAGUUUGGAAGCCGAAAUAGCUGUUAACUAAAAUCUCCCACAGCUCACAGACUGCUUUCUGCCCUAAUGGCCACUAUUAUCCAGUCUGUGUUGCUACAAGGGACCCACUGGUCCCCCUUUUAGAUUCUAUCAAAAGGAACAGGGUUUCCCAGAGGCAGGAAGCCUGGUGGUAUGGCAGAGCAGAAAAUUACUGCUAAUGAAACGCGAACCUCUUCUUCCCUUGUGGUUUCAGCACAGCACCUGAAUGCCAGGAAAAAUUCCUGGGCCAAGAAGCUAAAGCUAAAGAAGCUUUCCUUUUUACACAUUUUUUUUUCUUUCAAACUGUAGGGUCACUUUUGAUUGAGGCAAAGAGGCCCUACUGUAAGUGGAAAAGACUCACUCCUUCAACAUAAGUUUUCACUGUGGUGGGAUGGUGCUGCCUGACAUGCUUGAUAUGCUUUUCCUUCCACGUGUUAAGCUAGGAAACCUAAGAGGAUGUCAGCAGGGCCGUUAACCCUGGACUCAGAGCCCUCAAGGGCUUGUGGCAGAACCUCAUGGCUGGACAUCACAAGACGAUCAGUCUGAAUCCAGGUCGUGGGGGCUGUCAUAGCCAAACUCCUUCUGCACAUCCAGAGGGUACUUGCUCCACAUCCGUUGUCUGCUGCUGCCUCUUUCCUCCUCACUCAGGCUGUUGUAGUCAGCAGAGCCUAGAAUGAGAUCCCGGGAAUGGAUUCUAAAUGUGAUUUUCCUAGGCUACUGCAGGAACCCCUUCUCUUCUCAGAAAGGUCUGUUUUUGUUCCCGAUUGUAAUGCAAAAUGCUGGCUCAAUAAAGAAAAUAAGGCAUAUAGAAUUUUUUUUUUUUUUUUUUUAAAGAAACAAUCACUUUCCUAUCAUCUAAAACAAGUUCCUUCACACUGGAGUAUUUUGUCACUUCUCCCCUCCGUAUAGUAUUUUUUUGUUGUUGUAACAGUUGUAGUCAUAUCGUAAAUAUUUUUGUACCUUUCUCCUUUUAACGUGUUAUUGACAAACCUCCCCAAUAGAAUAUUCAAUUGUUUGUUUCAUUUCUCUGUUGUCAGACACCAAUAAAUUCUUUUUUUGGGGC